CCCUAUUUGCAGCUCCCCCCCACCCCCCACGCCAUGAUCCCCGCCAUCCGGACCGCCCCGUUGGGAUCCCAAGAGAUCCCGGGAUCCCCCUACAGCCUCACCAUCCUCCAGGAGGGUUUCAGCCGUCCCGGAGCCGACGGGACCUUCGAGGCCGACUGCUCCAUCACCCUCGUGCGUGGGGGUCCCGUCACCGCCCUGGUGGACACGGGGGGGCCGUGGGGACGUCGGCGUCUCCUGGAUGACCUGGAAGCCGUCGGGGUUUCGCCACGGGACGUCACCCACGUGCUGUGCACCCACGGCCACUCGGACCACGUGGGGAACCUCAACCUCUUCCCUUCUGCUGCUCUUUUAGUGGGUUUCGACCUCAGCUGCGGGGAUGGGGUCUACCUCCCCAACGGGUUGGCUCGGGGGGUCCCUUACGCCCCUCACCCGGGGUUCCUGGAGGUCGUGGCCACCCCGGGCCACGUGAGGGCCCACGUCAGCGUGGUGGUGCGCGGGACGGAGCUGGGGACGGUGGUGGUGGCCGGGGAUCUUUUUGAGCGUGAAGGGGACGAGGAGGUGUGGAGGGGGCUGAGCGAGGACCCCCGAAGGCAGGAGGAGAGCAGGGGGUGGGCGGUGGGGGUGGCUGAUGUUGUGGUGCCGGGACACGGAGCUGCGUUCCGUGUGCUCAGGGAUGGCU